CAAUCACUCCGGAGACUGAGCCAUGGGGCAACACAAGGAGGAGGCCAACGGGAAACCAGUCAAAUAUGACCCCUCCUUCCGAGGCCCGAUCAAGAGCAGGGGCUGCACGGACGUCAUCUGCUGCGUACUCUUCCUGCUCUUCAUUCUGGGUUACGUCGCGGUGGGCAUCGUGGCCUGGGUGUACGGAGACCCUCGGCAAGUGCUCUACCCCAGGAACUCCACCGGGGCGUACUGCGGGCUGGGGCAGAACAAGGACAAACCCUAUCUCUUGUACUUCAACAUCUUCAACUGCAUCCUGGCUACCAACAUCAUCACGGCCGCUGCAAGCAGCCUGCAGUGCCCCACGCCCCAGGUGUGUGUGUCCUCCUGCCCGGAAUCCUCCUGGACAGUGGACGCUAGCUCGUUCUCCCAGACCGUCGGGGAGGUUUUCUACGCGGCCAACAGGAACGUUUGUGUGCCAGGCGUGCCCCCUGAGAUGCCAGUGCUCACGAGCCUGAAGCAAGAGUUCUGCCCCAGUUUCCUCCUCCCUUCCAGUCCAGCUCUGGGGCGCUGUUUCCCGUGGCCCAACAGUACGCAGCCAGAGCUCCCUGGGAUCACAGGCAACAUCUCCCAGGGCAUCAGCGGCCUUCUUGACAGCCUGAAUGCCCGUGACAUCAGCGUCAAGGUCUUUGAAGAUUUUGCCCAUUCCUGGUAUUGGAUCCUUAUUGCCCUCGGCAUAGCUCUGGUCCUCAGCCUGCUGUUUAUCCUGCUGCUGCGCCUGGUGGCCGGGCCCCUGGUGCUGGUGCUGAUCCUGGGGGUGCUGGCUGUGCUGGCAUAUGGCAUCUACCACUGCUGGCAGGAGUACCGAGUGUUGCGGGACAAGGGCGCCUCCAUCACCCAGCUGGGCUUCACCUUCAACCUCAGCGCCUACCGCAGUGUGCAGGAGACCUGGCUAGCUGCUUUGAUCCUGCUGGCGGUCCUGGAAGGCGUGCUGUUGCUGAUGCUCAUCUUCCUGCGGCAGCGCAUCCGCAUUGCCAUCGCCCUCCUGAAGGAGGCCAGCCGGGCUGUGGGGUACAUGAUGUCUACCAUGUUCUACCCACUGGUCACCUUUGUCCUCCUGGUCAUCUGCAUCGCCUACUGGGCCAUGACGGCUCUGUACCUGGCCACUUCAGGGCAACCCCAGUACGUCCUGUGGGCACCCAACACGAGUGUGUCCGGCUGUGAGAAAGCAUCCAUGAAUGAGUCCUGUGACCCUCUGGCCGAGCAGACAAACUUCUCGUGUCCAGGGAUGAAGUGUGUCUUCCAGGGCUACUUGUCUACGGGCCUGGUACAGCGUUCCCUCUUCAACCUGCAAAUCUACGGCAUCCUAGGACUCUUCUGGACUGUCAACUGGGUACUGGCCCUGGGCCAGUGCGUCCUGGCCGGGGCCUUCGCCUCUUUCUACUGGGCCUUCCUCAAGCCCCAGGACAUCCCCACCUUCCCCCUGAGUUCGGCCUUCAUCCGCACACUCCGUUACCACACUGGGUCGCUGGCCUUCGGCGCCCUCAUCUUGUCCCUGGUGCAGCUGGCCCGGGUCAUUCUGGAGUACAUUGACCACAAGCUGAGAAAAGCCCAGAACCCGGUGGCCCGCUGCAUCAUGUGUUGCUUCAAAUGCUGCCUGUGGUGUCUAGAGAAAUUCAUCAAGUUCCUGAACUACAAUGCAUAUAUCAUGAUCGCCAUCUAUGGCAAGAAUUUCUGCACCUCAGCCAAAAACGCCUUCAUGCUGCUCAUGAGAAACAUCCUCAGGGUGGUGGUUCUGGAUAACGUCACAGACCUGCUGCUGUUCUUCGGGAAACUGCUGGUGGUGGGAGGCAUCGGGGUCUUGUCGUUCUUCUUUUUCUCCGGCCGCAUCCAGGGGCUGGGUAAGGACUUCGAGAAUCCCAACCUCAACUAUUACUGGCUGCCCAUCAUGACCUGCGUCCUGGGGGCCUACGUCAUCGCCAGCGGCUUCUUCAGCGUUUUUGGCAUGUGUGUGGACACGCUCUUCCUCUGCUUCUUGGAAGACCUGGAGCGGAACGACGGCUCUCUGGACCGACCUUACUACAUGUCCAAGUCCCUCCUGCAGAUUCUGGGCAAGAAGAACGAGGCGCCCCCGGGGGACAAGAAGAAGAAAAAGAAGUGAGAAGCCCGCCCUGCCCCCAUCGCGGGCCUGCGCCGCCGGUACAGCGCCCGGCUCCGCUCCGACUCCCAGACUGUGAUUUUGUAGUAAACACGUCUUAUUAAAGACUGAUGCUUUGAAGAAA